GCCUGGGAUCCCGCCGAGCCGAGCGCAGCGAGCGGAGCGCCUGGGCGGCGGCGGCGGGCGGCGCGAUGGCUCCGGCGGUGGACCGCGAGGGCUACUGGGGCUCCACGACCUCUACGCUGGACUGGUGCGAGGAGAAUUACGCCGUGACCUGGUACAUCGCCGAGUUCUGGAAUACAGUGAGUAACUUGAUUAUGAUCAUACCUCCAAUUUUUGGUGCAAUUCAAAGUGCUAGAGAUGGACUGGAAAAGCGGUACAUUGCUUCGUAUCUAGCACUAACAGUGGUAGGAAUGGGAUCCUGGUGCUUCCACAUGACUCUGAAAUACGAAAUGCAGUUGUUGGAUGAGCUUCCAAUGAUUUAUAGCUGUUGCAUAUUUGUGUACUGCAUGUUUGAAUGUUUCAAGAGCAAGAACUCAGUAAACUACCAUCUGAUUUUUGCCUUAGUUCUGUUCAGUUUAAUAGUAACCACAGUUUACCUUAAAGUAAAAGAGCCUAUAUUCCAUCAGGUCAUGUAUGGGAUGUUGGUUUUCACAUUAGUCCUACGAUCAAUUUAUAUUGUUACGUGGGUCUAUCCAUGGCUUAGAGGACUGGGUUAUACCUCCUUAGGUGUAUUUUUAUUUGGAUUUUUAUUAUGGAAUAUAGAUAACAUAUUUUGUGUGUCACUGAGGAACUUUAGAAAGAAGGUGCCACCUCUCAUAGGUGUCACCACCCAGUUUCAUGCGUGGUGGCAUAUUUUAACUGGCCUUGGUUCUUAUCUUCACAUCCUUUUCAGUUUAUAUACAAGAACACUUUACCUAAGAUACAGACCAAAAGUGAAGUUUCUCUUCGGAAUCUGGCCAGUGAUCAUGUUUGAGCCUCUCAGGAACCACUGAUGAAUUAUUCUACCAAGAACUAAAAUAUACCUACCAUAAGCCUCGCAGAAGGAAUAAGAAAAUCCUUAGAGAUCUUCAUGUUCAAAUAUAUCAUGUCCAUCGCAAUAAAGGAGGCCUUUUCUGAUUAACGCUGCCAGCCACACAGAACAUGACGAAUGGGACCUGCUGGGUGCUUAGCUCAUGGCUUUAUCUCAUCCUAAAAUGUUUAUGAAGAAAGAGAGAAUGAUAUGUAUGUACAUACUUGAAUGCUGGGGUAAUUGAGCUUUUCUUAACAGAUUAACAGUUUGUACUGGAUAUAGGAAGUUAACUAUUUUCUGGUUUUUUUUUUUUAACAAAAGUUGUAUGUAAAUUAUAAAUUUCCUUAAUAUUUGAUUAAUAAUGAAAACAAUGAUCUAAGGAUUGAUAAAACCCCAUAUGCAGGUGGUCAGCUUCAGCCAGCACUUGUCAUGUGAACCUCUUGGAUCAUUUUCCAAGAUAGGAAAAAAAAGCCAGCUGCAGGAUUCUGGGGAGUUCUUCCCCGCAUCCCAGUGCUGGCCUGAGUGUUGUAAACAGCUCGGCCUUGUCACCAAGUUUCAUGCUUAUCACUUCCCAGAUAGCCAUGGGCUCUGGAUGGCCAUGUGUGCUCACAGUUGAGACCUUUCUGAAGCCCAUGGCACCUGCAGGAGCCCUGCCAUCUCAAGGUGGUAGCUGUGUUCCCUUGGAUCUUUGUAGAUCUUCAGGUUGCCGCUGUUCUUAGGACUAGACAAACAUGACGGUGAUGUGGACUAUCUGUACUCCAUCUCAGUAGCAUAAUUUGCUGAAAUUAUCAGGGAAUAACAGAAAGCUGACCUUUGAAAUUUUGCAGUAUUUUCCCCGUCUCUGAAAAUGUUCUGGUUAUGCCCAGGCAAGUGUAACAGGGUAACUAGUAAAGGAUACUGUUUACAUAAAGCUGGUUGAAAGAUCUGUUCCUUUAGUUCUGGGAGGGAGUAGAUAAAGAGUUGAGGGCAGCUCUAAGUUAUAACUUGAGGAGUACCUGAACAGGAGGUGCUAAGAAAUGGUAGUAAAAGCUCAUUGUAAGGCAGCUAGUUUUAACUCAGAUUUAAAGAUAUACCAAAUUGAAUCAUUUUUUCACAAAUGGAAAAAAAAGAAGGUGCAGAUACUUAAAAUAUAAUGAUGAAAUCCUGAGUAUCUGCUUAGAAGAAAAAUAAUGUUUUUUUUUUCUGAUGCACAGGUAGUAAAUACUUCUUUGAGUUUUUCAUUAUUCACUAAGUAGCGCGGGGCAAAUUUAAAACCAAGAACUAUUCCCUUGUCCUACUUGCCUUGCUAUGAGCCUGUCCCUUAGCACACCAACAUGCCACCAGCCGAAUGCUUCCAGCUUUGGGAUCCUCUGGCCAGAAAAACACUGGCACACGUAUACCUGGGAAAUUUGGAUCAUGACAUAAAACAACCAUUCCAGUGUACAGUCCAAAUGAUUUCUUUCUCGUUUCUCAAAGUUGACCUCCAGCCAUAUUUCAGCUCCAAUUACCUGGACUACCAGUCAUUGAACUCUUGAAUUAAUUAA